AUGGUCUUUUCUUUGUCCAAGGAAUCGCAAGCUGAGUUGCAGCUGUUCCAGAAUGAAAUCGCCGCCGCCAAUCCGUCUGAUUUGCUACAGUUCUCCGCCAACUACUUCAACCAGAGGCUAGAGCAACAGAGGGCGUUUCUUAAAGCCAGGGAGCCCGAGUUCCGGGCCAAAAACAUUGUUCUGUUCCCCGAGACAGACGAACCCCUGUCCAGGCCCCAGUCAGCGCAGUCGCAGUCCAGGUCCAGAUCGAGCGUCAUGUUCAAGUCGCCUUUCGUCAACGAGGAUCCUCACUCCAACGUGUUCAAGAACGGUUUUGAUAUGGACCCACACGAGCAGGACGCCCACCAGCCAUUAAAGGAAGAGCAACAACAUGGCGGCGAAAAGGGCUCCACACCCCCGCUUCCAAUGCACUUCAACGCUCAAAGGCGUACCUCCGUCAGCGGUGAGACGCUGCAGCCAAACAAUUUCGAUGACUGGACUCCGGACCACUACAAGGAGAAGUCUGAGCAGCAGUUGGAAAGACUGGAGAAGUCCAUUGGCAACAACUUUCUCUUCAACAAACUCGACUCCGACUCGAAAAGGCUGGUCAUUAACUGUCUGGAAGAGAAGUCCGUGCGCAAUGGGUCUACCAUCAUCAAGCAAGGUGACCAGGGUGACUACUUCUACGUGGUGGAGCAGGGCACCGUCGACUUCUACGUCAACGACAACAAGGUCAACUCCUCUGGUCCCGGUUCCAGUUUUGGGGAGCUGGCUCUCAUGUACAACAGCCCCCGUGCCGCCACCGUCGUGGCCACUUCCGACUGUCUGUUGUGGGCCCUAGAUAGGCUCACCUUUAGGAAGAUCCUGUUGGGCAGCUCUUUCAAGAAGAGACUAAUGUACGACGAUCUGUUGAAGACCAUGCCCGUGUUGAAAAGCUUGACUACGUAUGACCGUGCCAAGCUCGCUGACGCCCUGGAUACCAAGAUCUACCAACCAGGCGAAACGAUCAUCCGCGAGGGCGACCAGGGGGAGAACUUCUACCUGAUCGAGUACGGCGCCGUGGACGUCUCCAAGGACGGUCAAGGUGUCAUAAAUAAGCUGAAGGACCACGACUAUUUCGGCGAAGUGGCCUUGCUGAACGAUUUGCCCAGACAGGCCACCGUGACCGCUACAAAGAGAACCAAAGUCGCCACUUUGGGUAAAAGUGGUUUCCAAAGACUAUUAGGUCCUGCGGUAGACGUAUUGAAGCUCAAUGACCCCACAAGACACUGA